AUGGUGUUGGAGCCUUCACCUCCACCUCUAGCAUCAACGACAACACCCUCUCUUCCGUCCAGUUUAAAGAGGCCUAUGGCGAAUAAUGAAGAGAAUAACGACAACGUGCCCAGGAAGAGAAAACUAGCAUGCCAAAGCUGCCGUAGAAGAAGAAGAAAAUGUGACAUGGAGAAACCUUGCUCCAACUGCAUUAAGUUCCAAACCGAUUGUGUAUUCGCCCAACAAGACCUAAGGAACAAAAGAUACUCUACGACUUAUGUAGAGGCAUUGCAGAGCCAAAUUCGGUCUCUGAAAGAACAGUUACUAAUAUUAAAGUCCUCAUCUUCAACAAUUGCUGAAAACAAUCUGUCUUCAUUGAAAGAUAAUGAUGAUCGUGACGAUAAAAUUUUUAAGUAUGGGGAAUCUGCUUCAUCGGCGCUACCAUCACCUGAGAACAACGAUGAGAAUGAAUCUGAUUCAUUUACCAAGAAACUACCCUCAGAGAGCCCUCCACCAGUUGGUACAAAUAGUAUAUAUCCAUCUAAUUCACUAUCCAUAGUCAAAAAGAAAACAGACGGCAACACUAAGUACCAGCAACAGCAGGUAAGCUUAAAAAAUCUAUCAAGAAGCCCUCUUAUCUUAAGGUCAUUAUCACUUUUUUUCAAAUGGCUGUAUCCGGGACAUUACCUUUUCAUUCAUAGAGAAACUUUCUUGAGUGCUUUUUUCGGUGACACAAAUACUAAGAGUUAUUACUGCUCUGAAGAAUUGGUAUUUGCCAUCGCUGCACUGGGAUCGUUGAUCUCAUACAGAUCAGAAACUGAACUCUUUCAACAAUCAGAAGUGUUCUACCAAAGAGCGAAGACAAUAGUGCUAAAAAAAAUCUUUCAACUAGAGGAUUCUUCAUUAGCUGAAUCAUCGUCUUCUUCUAAAUUAGCUAUUAUUCAGACUUUACUAUGUUUGGCGUUUUAUGACAUCGGAAGCGGUGAAAACCCCAUGGCGUGGUACCUUUCUGGACUAGCGUUUAGGAUUGCUCACGAAAUCGGCUUACAUUUGAAUCCAGAAGCAUGGAGCAAUGUUUAUGAAGACGAAUUGUCGAUAAUGGAUUUUGAAGUAAGAAGUAGGAUUUAUUGGGGAUGUUACAUUGCAGAUCAUUUAAUAGCGAUUCUUUUUGGAAGAUCAACUUCCUUGCGUUUGUCCAAUUCCACUGUUCCUGAAACUGAUGAGUUGCCUGAGAUUGAAACUGGAAUAGAGGAAUACAUAUAUGACCCAAAAGUUAUAUUGUCUACUGCAAACCCUUUAAAGAAAUUGAUUGUGUUAUCAAGAAUAACAGAGAUUUUUGCAUCCAAAAUUUUCAGUCCAAACGAAACUCUGCUUCAGAGAAGUGAAUAUCUAGCCAAAUUCAACUUAGAGGUUUACAAUUGGAGAAGAGAUUUACCUUUUGAAUUGCAGUGGACUAAGAGAUCAUUAAUGGAAAUGACAGAUUUCAAUCCAACCAUCGCUUACGUAUGGUUUCAUUACUAUAUCGUACUAAUAUCCUACAACAAACCUUUCAUAUACGAAAUAAAACAGAGUCGAGAUUUAGUGGAAGGAUACGUCGAUGAGUUAUACUAUCUUCUAAAAGUUUGGAAAAAUAAAUUCAAGACGUUCGAGAAAGCUACAAUUUACAUGAUCUAUUCUGCUAUUCUAGCCAUUCAAUGUAUGAAAUCUAACCUGAUCAAAAAAGAUAGAAAACAGGACUUCUUAAAUUUUUUGAGUGCACCUACUUUGAAUUACGAACUCGCCAGAAAAUUUAUUGAAAAUUCUGAAGACGCUUUACAUAAUUCAGAAACAAUGGAUUUAUUGGGUACCUUAUCUCACGGGAAUGAUUUUGCGUUAGAGUAUAAUUUUGAUUUUACGUUAUUAAAUGAGAUCGAUAUGCUGAUCGGUGGGAACACCAAUAGUGAUUCGACGAAAUAG